AUUAGCUUAAAUGGAAAACCUCGUCUCGGACUCGGAUCUAAAUGAGCGAAAAUUUUCGCAAGUCUCCAUUCUGAUGAAUUCGCGACGAUUAAACAGGACUUCGGACAAUGAGCAUGACGGUUUGAAUGCGCUCGUCUCCCCCAUGGGUAAUAUCGCAAGCAUCGCCGAUGCAGUGGCCCAUUGCAACAAGCCAGUUUGUGAUGACGCCGACAUGCAGUGCGUCAUGGACUUGGUCGAUUCUACCAUUUGCGAAGCCCUGACCAUAGUUCAGUCCGAUCCACGGGGACUGUUUUGCUACAAGCUUCCAGAAAAACCGAAGCCCGUGGUCAGUGUGCCUACUCUGGUCGAUUUUACAGUGACGACAAUUGCCGACGAGGAGCAUGAAACCACUGCUGUUGCUACAAAAAUUGCAGUUGGUGAAUAUGGUCCGAGCUCGGGCUCCAGCGGAUUGCUUCGCAAACCGACGACCAUUGGGUCAUUCGAGUACAGCACUGUACUUUCCGAGAUCCAGGACUUUAUUGGCCUGUGGCAGCUAUCGCCAGACACAAAGUGUGCGGUUCUGAGCAACCCCAUUCAACACGAUAUUCCCAUCAAGGGAAAGAUCUACUUUGCCGAUGCACAUUUCUCACGGCCCACGCCCCGCUGUCCUAACCCACUGGCAGUGGCAAAGGUGCGAUUCAUCAUAACCGUUUCAAAGCUGGUGCCGAAGCACUAUCCAGUAAUGAUCACAUACCGCUUUGAGGGCUACAACACUCUGUACUAUGCGGUGGGCGAGCGUUCGCAGAGCUCGUUUUCUUUUCAAAGAUUCUACAUUGAUACCAUACUGCACACCAAGCUGGCCUUCUACGCUGAGAUCUGCGAAUGCCGCCACGGCACUGUGGAGAAGCCGAAGAAAUCCACGAAGACCAAGAAGGGCAAGCCCUAAUGCGAAUUGAAUGCCAAUAAAACUGUUUCGAUUUACCAAA